GGUGUACCGGUAACAAUGUGUCAGUCAGUGUGUAGCCUCGGUCCGUGAGAGGCAGCUGCAGGCCGGUGGGUGAGAGUCUCCACUGCGCUCUGUCUUAGGGUUUAAGGGUCAUUUCGACAUGUUUGGUGCGGCGAUAGUUUUUUUGUUUUAACGCGAAAACUACGCGAAGUUACCCAGGAGGAAGGCUGCUCUUGAAGGUUUAUUUGGCUAGCCAGUAAACAAACAAACAAACAAACAAACAAACCGAGACCUGCCUGUUUUGCUUGACGUGUUUUCCUUUAAACACACGAGAGAGAGAGAGAGAGAGAGAGACAUGGCAGGUGUGACACUACAGGGUCGCUGCUUGCGGGGUUUGCCUGAUGGCGACCUGCUCGACCCGGUGUUUCAGCAGCGGCUAGAAGAUGCCCGUGCUCUGCUCAGGCAAGAGAUCCAGCGAGAGCUGAAGAUCAAGGAGGCAGCGGAGCGACUGCGGCGUGCUGUCACCAACAAGAAGAAUGUCGCUGAUGUAGAGGGGCAAUUACGCGCCUCCACUCGCAAACUGGAGCAACUUCACUGGGAGCUUCAGGAGCUGAAUGCAAGGGCCAUGGCUACAGAGAGAGAAACCACCACAGACGCUGCUAUUUCUCCAGACCCAUGCCACUGGGAGGAUGUCACGUCUCCGCUGGGCAGUCGCAUCCGCACCCUGAGGAAGCAGCUCAACAUGGAGCUGAAGGUGAAGCAAGGAGCCGAGAACAUCAUCCAGAUGUACGCCAGCAGUUCAGUCAAGGACCGAAAGAUGCUGUCCACAGCCCAGCAGAUGCUGCAGGAUAGUAGGACCAAAAUCGAGCUGCUGCGCAUGCAGAUUGUUAAAGUGACUCAGGCCAGAGAGGGAGAGCGUGAGGCCUCAGAAACAGACGGUCGGCCUUCUGAGACCAUCACCCCACUGGAGCUGCGGAUGGAGGAGCUGAGGCACCAUCUGAGGAUCGAGGCUGCAGUGGCUGAAGGGGCUAAGAACGUAGUGAGGCAGCUCGGAGGCCGCCGAGUUCAAGACCGCCGCGCCCUCGCUGAGGCUCAGGCUCGUCUGCAGGAGUCCUCUCAAAAGCUGGAUCUUCUGCGCCUGUCACUAGAGCAGAGGCUUAUUGAGCUUCCUGCAGACCACCCCAAACUGGCUGACAUUAAAGAGGAGCUGACUGUGGGAAGCUCGCCCUACAUGGGCCUGCAGAGGGACCGCCAGCGUACUUCACCAUCUGCCUCCUCAUCCAGCUUCUUCAAACCUGCCAGUCUUACAGGUCGCCUGGAAGUCAGAUUAAUGGGCUGUCAAGAUCUGUUGGAAUCUGUGCCAGGCCGCUGUCGUGCAGCCUGUGCCUCAUCCUCCCCCAGCAGCCCCUCGGAAGCCAAGUCUCUGAGAAUGAGGACCGGCCUGUCCACACGCAGCACCAACGGCAAGAUGGCUAAAACGGACGAAAUGUCCAUGGAAAUCAGUGCAGUGUUGAAGGUGGAUAAUCGGAUGGUGGGUCGCACAAAUUGGCGGACUGUUGGCAAAGAGGCCUGGGACCAAAGCUUCAGCAUCGAACUGGAGAGGUCUCGGGAGCUGGAGAUCGGCGUGUAUUGGCGAGAUUGGAGAGCUUUGUGUGCUGUCAAGUUUCUGCGUCUGGAAGACUUUCUGGAUAACCAGCGGCAUGGCAUGUGCCUUUACCUGGAACCGCAAGGCACACUGUUCACCGAGGUGCGAUUCAUCAACCCCGUCAUUGAGCGGCAUCCGAAGCUACAGCGGCAGAAGCGUAUAUUUCCCAAAGAGAAAGGUAAAAACUUUUUGCGGGCAGCACAGAUGAACAUGAACUUCGCCACAUGGGGUCGACUGAUGAUGAGUGUGUUGCCACCGUGCAGCAGCACCAUUACUGCAAUGAGCCCCCCUCUGACUUCUACCGAUCUGCCUUCUCCAACUCCACCCCGACAGCCCGCUCUUCUCUCUCCUCCAUCUGCAGAAAAAACCUCCUCAUCCACCCCUCCUCCACCAGGAGACUCAACAAUCGUGAAACUGAACUUCAGCGAGGAGCGACCUCCCAAACCCCCUCGUCUCUACCUGACCAAGGCAGAAAGCCCUGGUUCAAUGAACUUGAAGAAUAACCAAGCUGAAGAUUGUAGAGGCAGAGCUGUGCAGCAGCCCAAGCGAACACAUGAGCUGCAAAUGGAUGAUUUUCUCUGUAUCUCUGUCCUUGGUAGAGGCCACUUUGGGAAGGUGCUGCUCGCUGAGUAUAAGCGCACAGGAAAGCUGUACGCCAUCAAAGCCUUGAAGAAAGGUGACGUGGUGACGCGUGAUGAAGUAGACAGUCUGAUGUGUGAGAAGCGGAUUUUUGAGACCAUUAAUGCAUCCCAUCACCCAUUUCUUGUCAACCUUCAUGGCUGCUUCCAGACGUGUGACCAUGUGUGCUUUGUUAUGGAGUACUCACCUGGAGGUGACCUGAUGACGCACAUACACGCCAGCAUUUUCACUGAACGCCAGGCCAGAUUUUAUGCUGCCUGUGUACUCCUGGGUCUUGAGUUUCUGCACCUGAACAAAAUUGUUUACCGGGACCUGAAACUGGACAAUCUUCUAAUGGAUUCUGAUGGCUUUGUGAGAAUAGCAGAUUUUGGACUUUGCAAAGAAGGAAUGGGAAACGGUGACCGUACGUCCACCUUUUGUGGAACUCCAGAAUUCUUGGCCCCUGAGGUUUUGACAGACAGCACUUAUACCCGUGCUGUGGACUGGUGGGGCCUGGGCGUGCUCAUCUACGAGAUGCUCGUGGGAGAGUCUCCAUUCCCGGGCGAUGACGAGGAGGAAGUAUUUGACAGCAUAGUGAACGAUGAAGUGCGUUACCCCAGGUUCCUCUCCCCAGAGUCGGUCUCGAUCAUUCAGAAGCUGCUGCAGAAAAAUCCAGAGAAGCGACUCGGUGCCGGCGAGCAGGACGCUAACGAGGUGAAAAGGCACAGAUUCUUUCAGGGAGUGGACUGGGAGGCCUUGCUAGCCAAGCGAGUGAAACCUCCGUUCAUGCCGAGCAUCAAAGCCCCGGGUGACGUGAGCAACUUUGAUGAGGAGUUCACCCGCCUAAAGCCCGUGCUCACUCCUCCGCACACGCCCUUCCUCCUCACGGCCGAGCAGCAGGAGAUCUUCGCGGAUUUCGACUUCUCCUCGCUUCACUGACUGCCUGAGACUCAAUGGACGAGUGGAACGUGACACACCGAGGCUCUGUCCUAAUCCUGCCCGAGCUCUGUUUUUUUUUUUUUUUUUUUUUUCUUCCCUUCUUUCUCUCUAUCUAUGCAGUUGAACCAAGUGAAGCUGAUUCACUGUCACAAAGCUCUGUGCUUUUUUUUUCUCCGCUACUGCCUACACUGGUUUGGGCUUGAGCUACAUCCGAGUUUCUUCUGAUGAAGAAAAGUAGCAGCUGCAGUGUCGCUGUAACUGGCUGCUGUUCUGCCUCCGAAAUGAAAGAGAACCUGUCAUCACUGUUAGCUAAGCUUUUUCCCAUCUGCAAUGACUUGCGACUGAUUGCCCUUGUGUGUUGAGUGUUUGCGCUUGUGUGUCUGCUGUUAUUGUAGAAAAACCAUGCUGUAUGAAAUUUUUUUUAACCCCACUGUUUGACCUUUCACCUCUCACAAAGCACUGGUGUCCCUACUGGUUUUGAUUCCAGCCGAUUCAGAUCCACGCCUCACUGCACCUGUUUAUUCAGUGCAUCGUUGACUGUUGGCUAUGGAUUCUUCUUGGUUGGUUUAAAAAACCUGAGCUCUGGAACUCUAGAGGCUUGUGCUGUCUGCAUACAACUGAAGCUUUGUUCAAAGAAGCCACCAGUCAUUGCUUGUUACGUUUAACCUUUCUCUCAUUCAUUAUAGUUUCUGCAGAGCUCUGAUGCACUAAAGCUGAGUAGAAAAUGAGGUGUUGGUUAUGUAUGGAUAAAAGGAUUUAUUAUGUUUAAAGAUUUGCCCCUAAAUGAAUGACCAAAUGCUUAAAAAAAAGGACUCUAGCCUCGUUUUCUAUCCAUUGCAUCUGUAGUGUAGACAGCACAUGUUUCUCUACUUAUUACUUGUAAUUGGAGGAACAGUGACCUAGCAGGUAGCAUUGCCUUUACAGAGCUCCAGUGCCGCUGCAGGUGGGUAGAUCAGCUGUGAUAUAUUUAAUGGAAGUCUAAGGGCAGUUGUUGAAUCCUAAACAUCUGUAUACCACUAAUGAAAAAAAAAAAAUCUGAGGAUUAAUUAUAUUGAUUUAUACCUUUUCAUUUACAAAUUUACUUGACUGAACACUUUUUCUUACUACUUUUCUUAUACAUAUUUGUUAACAGAAUUCAACAACUUCUCCAAACUUACACAGGACAUCACAUCUCUUGUCCGAUGAAGUCGGUCAGUUAAUCCAGUUGUGAACGCAACUGCUUAGUUGAGUCGUGAAUUUUAAAGGUGCAAUGAGUUGUUUUGCUAACUGAUGUUAAUUAACUUGAUCAGUGAAAUCCAAAGUAACCUACAUACUUUUCCAGAACACACUUUAAAUAGUCACGUGAAUGUUGUUAACACUCAAUGAUAUUUACAGUAUUUAACAUUUAAUUUAACAAAAUUUAUAUAUUGUACCUUUAGGCUAAUGAAAUUUAAAUGUUUCAAUCCAUUGGCUCAGCAUGGUGUGUGUGUAUGGCUCAUUUAUAGUCUCUCUGUUUAUUUUAAGCAUCUAAUGUGUUUGUGGCCUUCCAGCUCCCUAUCGAGCCCUGUAUCAUGCUCUACACAUCUUGUAAGUGAAUUUGUCUAGAUUUGUGUUUUUUUUUUUUUGUUUGUUUUUUUUUUUGCUGGUAAUUGCUAUGAUGCAGAGUUCUGAAGUAAUAGUUUACUACUGAACAGUGAUACUGUGAGCAGAAACACUAAAGUAUUUAAAUGGGACUCGCCCUUUAUACAUGCCAAAUGAAGGAAAAAAAAUAUAUAUGUAUAUCCAAACUUAAAAGAAGGGGAUGAAUGUAUUUUCACAAAUAAAAUACACUAUGUCUA